AUGGCAUUUACGGUUGGUGCUUUGCGCCUUCUAGCUCUCAUGCGGGAUGAGGACACAAUAAAGCCGCUGGCCUGCCAGCUCGAUCGAAUCAUGCCACACAUUGCCGAGAUGCUCAAUGACGUGAAGCGAGAGGUGCGUCAGACAGCAGCAGAUGCUGCGAAGGUUCUCUUCGAGUGCGCCCAGAACAAGGAUUUGGACCCAUACCUCGGAGAGAUCAUCAAGGCAAUGAUGGACCAGGAGUUCAUCCCCCGAGUGGUCAGCCAACUGUCUGAGAUUGUCUUCGUCCAGUCUGUGGAGACUCCCGCCUUGGCAAUUGUCAUGCCAUUGAUUGUACGUGGCCUCAAAGACCGGGAUGAGAGGACCAAGCGUCGUGCCCUGGUGAUUGCGGACAACAUGUGUAAGCUGGUGCCGGAUGUCACUGAGAUCCAGCCAUUCCUUCCGACGCUAAUUCCCCUGGUGGAAAAAGCGACCCACAACAUCUCUGAUCCAGAGGUGAGGAAUGUUGCCAGCCGCUGCUACAAGACACUGCAGACUGCAGACAAGGCAGAAAGACGCCGCUUCAUCAGCAAGACUGCGGUACUAAACCUCCUGCAAGAGAAGAUUCCUGGUGAGAAAACGCAGCUGGUCAGCGAGCUGGUCGCAGACUAUGUCGCGUCCCUGUGCACGUGCAUCAGCGCAUGCCGCAGCUUCGAGUAUGCAGAAUGGUGGCAGUGCAUUGCGCCAUAUCUCUCGCCAUCAAUUCUUUCGGUGGAGGAUUGCGAAGAUUUAGUGCCUGACUUGCUGGAGAGCUGCUAUGAUGCCGCGGAGGGGGACGAUGUUGAGGACCUGGAUGAAGAAGGCGAGGACUUGUGCAAUUGCAUCUUCACUCUCGGGUACGGAGCCCUCACGCUUCUGAACAACACCAGGUUGCACCUGAAGCGUGGGAAAUGCUAUGGGCUCUGCGGUCCGAACGAUUGUGGCAAGAGCACUCUCCUGCGAGCCAUCAACAACGAGCAGGUGGAUGGCUUCCCGCCGAAGAGUGAGCUUGUGACGGCCUUCGUAGAGCAUGGUAUCGGUGAGAAGGAGCCAGAGUGCGAGUGGACACCACUCGAGUAUAUCUUCUCUGACGAAACCAUCCAAGCUAUGGGAGUGACGAAGAAGAAGGUUGUUGCCGCUCUGCGCAGCAUUGGCUUCGAUGACCAGAAGUUGAAGAGUGAGAUCGGACAUUUGUCCGGCGGGUGGAAGAUGAAGCUGGGGCUCGUCAGAGCCAUGCUGAUGUGCGCAGACAUCCUGCUUCUGGAUGAGCCCACAGGACACCUGGAUGUUGCAAACGUGGCAUGGUUGGGAGACUAUUUGCUUAGUCUAAGCAGAGACAGCAGCCGGCCGGUGACCACAAUUGUGGUGUCCCACGACAGCUCCUUCCUGGACAAGGUGUGCACGCAUGUCAUCAAUGUCAAGCAGAGGAAGUUGAAAACCUACAAGGGUAACAUCACCGACUUUGUACGGCGAUGUCCGGAAGCGAAGUCCUACUUGAGCCUCACGAAUGACAAGCAGCGAUUUGUUCUACCUGAGCCGGGAAUGCUGGAGGGAGUUAAGUCCAAGGGCAAGAAGCUGCUGAAGAUGCACAACGUCACAUACACAUAUCCGGGCAACCAAACGCCAACCCUCUUCAACGUGAGCAUUGAGGUCUCUCUUCUAAGUCGCGUGGCGGUAAUUGGCCCCAAUGGUGCUGGGAAGUCCACGAUGAUCAAGGCACUGGUGGGCGAGCUGCCAGUUUCUGGGAAGAGCAUUGUUUGGAAGCAUCCCAACGUGAGAAUCUCUUACGUUGCCCAGCAUGCAUUCCACCACGUGGAGCAGCAUUUGGACAUCACGCCCACACAGUACUUGCUGUGGCGCUUCGCCGGCGGUGAAGAUCGUGAAGCACUGAACUACCGAUCAGAGGAGGUCAAUGUGCAGAAGAAGAAAUACUGGCUGAACGAAGCUGGUGUUCUUUGCAAGUGCACCAAUGCAAAGGAAGACGCCAAAGCCGUCAACCCGGAGCUGAUUCUCGGGAGGAAGAAGUCGAAGUCAAAAGCAAACUCGGGCGAUGAGAAGUACGAGUACAACGUCAAAUGGCACGGAUUCGGGUCCGAAAGCGUCAUGUGGGUCCCUCGUGAGACCUUGCUGGAGAUGGGCCAUUUGCGCCUGAUUCAGCGCGAGGACGAGAGACAGGCGGCGGCACACGGCCUCGUUUCGCGGCCUCUGACGCAGCCACAGGUGGAAGAGCACUUGGCCGGCUUUGGCUUAGACUCAAACUUGGCAUCCCACACAAGGCUGGGAAUCCUUUCUGGUGGUCAAAAGGUGAAGGUCGUUCUCGGAGCAGCGAUGUGGCUCUCUCCCCACAUUCUCAUCCUCGACGAGCCAACAAAUUACCUUGACCGUGACUCCUUGGGAGCCCUUGCUGCAGGCCUGAAGGAGUUUGGGGGUGGCGUCAUUGUCAUCUCCCACAAUCGCGAGUUCUGCCAAGCAGUUUGUGACGAGAGAUGGCUCAUGGACGCUGGACGCCUCACCAGAGAGGGACAACUCAGCAAAGCCGACGUGGCGCUAGAAGGCAGAACUGUGGCGGACGAGUAUACUGACGAGUUUGGCAACGUUCACAAGAUAAAGAAGACAAACCACACCGAGAAGGAGUUGAAAAAGAUCAAGCGCCAGAAAGAGCUUGCGCGAAAGCGCGGCGAUGUGUUCAUUGAAGAUGAAGAUGAAUGGCAAGACACCCGGCAUGUAGCCGGCCUGCCGGUUUUGGCAGUAGAAGUAGAACAGUCAAUGUACAAGGGGACUUAA